AGUCCACGGGAGAGUUCCGAAAUCUCCGCAUCACAACUGCGCAUACGGAGUAGUGCGUACAAGGCUCGGAUUAGUAUUGCUGUUUGACCUUUGAACUGCAUUUGACAAAGGGAGUAUAAAGCCCGAACUAGCUCGCGCACCGCACAUAUGUAAUCACAGUCCAUCAUCCCAACACUGGGAAACUGGACUUACCAUGGAUUUUAACACAGCGACAGUUUUUCUAGCCAUUGUGGCGGGGAGUUUUGCAGGUCCUGUUACGACUGUUACGCCUGUUUCCAGUGGAUCGUGUGCCAGAGAGUGUACAGAAAGCAGCAAGUUUUUGUACCAGCCAGGGACAGUGUAUGAGUUCCGUUAUGAGGGUAAGACGUCUACUGGUAUACAUGGGGCGUCUGAGGACAAUGCAGGUUUAAGGAUUACUGCAAGUGCCUUAAUAGGGGUCAUAUCCAAGUGUGAAUUUACAUUAGAGCUAUCCAAUACAAUUUUAUAUGGAGCCGAUCCUGAUAGAUCAGUUCGACUCAGAAGACACAGUGAUUCCCGAGAAUUCAAGACAGCAUUACAAAGUAACCCUCUCAGGUUUUCCUUCCAAGAUGGUGUCAUAGAUCAACUAUGUCCUAGUGAUGAUGAACCAACGUGGGUAUUGAACAUUAAAAGAGGAAUCUUGUCUGCAUUUCAAAAUGGAAUGGAAUCUCUUGACGGCCAACAUGAAGUUUCUGAGACUGAUGUGACAGGGACAUGCCCCACCACGUAUAAAAUGAUCCAAGAUGGUUGGAAAACAAGAACAGUGAAGAAAACUAAAGAUAUGAGUGCAUGCACAGAACGGCAUGGCUUUGACAGUUCAGCUCACUCAAUGCUUUACAGAGUUCCAUCAAGCAUACAGAGUUUACCGUUGAUGAAAAGCACACAUGAAUGUGACCAGGAAUUUAUUGUUCAAGAGAAAAUUUUAAAACGUAGCAUCUGUCAUGAAAUACAUCUGUUCCGUCCCUUUUCUAAAGAAGACAAUGGAGCUACGACAGAAGUAAUGCAGAAACUGAUAUUUGUGUCCAGUGAGAGUCGCUCAGUUUCACAAGCUGAUGUCAGUAGGAGGGAAAGCAUCUUAUUUGAGCAUGAAGGCGGGGAGCGAGGGACAACAGUAAAUUAUCAGUCUGCCUUAUCCAAACUCAAUGAACUGUGUACCUCCACACAGACAGAUAUCCGCCCAGACACUCCGAGAGCAUUCUCAGAACUGGUGUACGAACUCAAGAAGCUGGACUCCCUCUCUCUUAACUCUGUUUUCAGACAAGUCAGUGACCCAAGCUUCUGUCCCAACAACUCUGAGCGUGUCAAAAAGUUUUACCUGGAUGCCAUCCCCAUGGUUGGUACUGGAGCUGCAGUGAGUCAGAUAACGGAGAGGAUCAUGAAUAACGACAUCUCUGUUACCUUUGUAGAAAUGUGGCUAGCAUCCCUUUCUUUUGUGCAACAUCCAACCAAGGAAAUGCUUUCAGAAGUGAUGAGACUACUGGACAUGCCGAAUGGUGACAAGGUGAUCCUCCCAGUGUCUGCCUUGGUUCACAGCUACUGUAGAGACAACACCCAGUGUGCUGAUGAUGCUGAGGUUGAUGACAUAAUGACAUGGCUGGAAAACAAAAUAGGAGACAACUGUCAAUACUCAGACAACACUUACAUGCAGGUACUCCUGUCUCUGCGAGCUGUAGGUAACAUUGGCAUUUCUCAGAGAAUCAUCCCCAACCUCAGUCAAUGUUUUAAGUCCAUCCAGGCGACCAUGGAGAUGAGACUAGCUGCUGUAGAGGCGUUCAGGAGAUUCCCAUGUAAUGCCGAUAGGAGUGAACUUAUGAUGCUUUACAAAGAUAGCAGUGAGGAUUCAGAGAUCAGAAUUGCAGCUUAUCUUGAGGUGAUGAAGUGUGCCAGUUCAGAAGUCAUCAAUGAGGUCAAGGAGGUACUUGCCGCAGAGGAAGUGAACCAGGUUGGUAGUUUUGUGUGGACACAUCUUACCAACUUGAUGGAAACAUCUGAUCCUACCAAACAAGACAUCCGGGCCAUCUUGGAAGAUGAGGUCCUUCAGAGGGAGUUUGAUAUGGACAGAAGAAAGUUCUCACGAAACUAUGAGGCUUCAUAUUUCUCUGAGAAAUUCAAUAUAGGGGGAUCAAUGGAGAGCAAUCUAGUCUGGUCACCAAAGUCCUUUGUUCCUCGGUCAUUGAUGGCAAAUUUAACAGUGGACCUGUUCGGCCACUCCUAUAACUUGUUAGAAGUCGGAGGUAGGGCUGAAGGUCUGGAACAUCUCCUGGAAGCAUACUUUGGUCCGUCUGGUCAUCUUCGUAAAAACAAAGCUUCGUCUCCAGCCCCUGAAAUGCCAACCAACAAAGCUUUAAACAUGAACAAACUUAACAGAAUGGGCAACACUCUGGACUCUGACGAGGACCUCCAGGGCUCAAUGUACAUGCGUGUGUUUGGAAAUGAAGUGAAGUACCUCAACUUGAAGAAGGUCCAAGGCUCUGAUAACAACUUGAACAACUUUGACUUUGAUGCAAUUUUUGCCAAACUGAUCCGUGAUGGGUCUGUGUCCUACACCUACAGUAACAUGUUUCUUGACAGCUCCAUCAUCAUCCCAACAUUGAUUGGUUUCCCACUCAACCUGACCGUCAAUGGCACACUGACCACAGGACUGACCGGCACAGGAAAGAUUGACCUCCGCAAGCCAAAAUCCCUCAUGUUGAUGAAUGGAAACAUAGAGCCAAGUGGAGCUGUUGCCAUCUCUGCAAUGAUGAGUGUAGAUGCCUUUGUCACAAAGGGAGGGAUGAAAAUGGUGUCAACCUUACACACGAGCACGGCCAUCAGAGGGAAACUGGAGCUCUCCAACAACAAAGAUUUCACAUUGGAACUAGAUUUCCCCCGCAAAAAGUCUGAGGUUAUCAACAUGGAGUCAUCAUUCUUUAUGGUGCAGGGAGACCAGGAGAAGGUACAGAACAUGUUGGACAACAAUGUUGCUACAAUGUCCUUCUGUACAGGAAACACACUGGCCCGCAUAUCUGGCCUGAACACCUGUAUCAAGGCCAAGUUCCCCAACACCUCCGAUGAUGCUCCACUCUUUCCCUUCAAUGGACCAGUCUCUGUCAGUGUUAAGACUACAAACCAGGACCUACCCAAUGGAUACCAGUUUCAGUUGAAAAGAACAGUUACUGAUGAACAAACAAUGUUUCUGAUCUCAUAUGAUACUCCGGGGUCUGUCAGAGACCGAGCUGUUGGUUUUAACCUGGACAUCCACCAUACUGAUAGGACCAUGGAGAUGAACCUGUUGUCACCAUGGAAGAAAGCCAGGUUUACAGGUAACCUUGUGAAUACUGAAUCUUUGAAGAAGAUUGAAGGUAGCCUGGUUGUGGAUACUACCAGGACUUACAAUGCUGUCUUUGAAGUGAAGCGAAUGGUGAAGAAAAGAGUUAUCAAUUAUACACCCAGAGUUCUGAUCACCAUUCCCAGCAAAGACAGCAUCAGCUUGACAGGAGAAGUAGCUUAUGUGAAGCAGACAUCUUUGACCGGAGAUUUGGUGUUAACAGGAGCUCAUGCAGAACCUGUCCAUAUGAAUGGUGCCCUCAUCAGCUCUGGAAAGCGUAAGAAGAUGGAAUGGAAUGUCCUGCUCGGAGAUGUCAAGAAAUUUGCUGCUCUCGUUGACGUACCCUUCAUAAUAACGGGAAGCAAUGUGAAAUUGAGUCCAGUCAUUUCGGCUACUAUUCCAGGUUACCAUGACUACAACAGUACAGGAACCUUGGAAUAUCGCAAAAACAAAAUGAUGAAGACAGACAUUACUAUUAACGGUUUCACGGAGGAUCCUAUCACAUUCAACUCGAUAGUAAAAUUCUCACAGGCUGAAAAGGGUAUAAAAGUCAAAUUUAGCCACGAGGAGAACAAGAAUUACGAGGGAGAGGUGAAGCUAAUGGUUAGACAAAUGAAAUCAAAAUCAACUCAGUACCUUGGACAGGUCAUCCUGAAAACUCCAACCAAGUUUCUGGCACAGGUCAAGUCACGCUUGGUCCACAAAGUUGAUGCAUCAGUUAAAUUUGAGCUCACCGUUGAUAAAAUCACGAAAGUCCCCAUCAAAAUCAAAGGUUUGGUGACAAAAAUGACAAAGAAGCAGUUAAGAACAUUUUACAAAGUAUCAGGCACGCUACACUGGUCCAAAGAAACUGAUGGUAGAGUGAAAUUUGAUGUUGACAAGCGCCAAAAUGCUAUUUUCACGAACAUUAAGCUUUCCUAUAAUUUCUUGAAGCUGAUACAGGGAGCAAAGGACCAGUUGGACUUCAAUGGAAAAGUUGUCCGCUCGUUAAAGGCAGUCCGGUCAUAUGAGUUAGCUACAAAUUUCAAAUCGAGUCGAUUUGGUAUUUACAACAACAAGAUGAACAUGAAGGGAUCUUACCGACCUGGAAAACUUGCCGAUGCUGUGCUGGUGUUUGAUUAUGGCAGGAAUUAUCUCAACAAAGACAACAAGAGAAGGGUCGCCUUCAACGCACAAACUAACUAUAGGAUUCGCAAUGCUAAUGUAGCAGUGGCUUACUCUUUCAGCUGUAAUUAUCCUUGGAAGUCUUUGCUCGUCACAUUAGAUGGUAACCAUGUCCAUGAUGAAGAGAAGGUCAACUCCACUAUGACAUUAACACAUAACACCAAACAGAUGUUUGAUGCAGCGAUAAUGUACAAUGAUGACAGCAAUAAAGGAAUUCCAAGCUACUCAGGGGAGAUAGCAAUGAACGUUGAUGGUCGACCAAUAGGUAUAACUGCCAGAGUAUCUGAAACCAGAGAUCGGGAAUAUCAAGGUACUGUCAGUGUUCAACAUGAAAAGAAAAAGAUUACAACUUUAACAACUACCUACAGAGCACAAAGUGAGAGGGAGAAAUCCUAUGAGGUGGCGUCAUCGUUGGAACUGUAUGAUGGCAAGCGAACUGAGGUGACGGCCAUUUACACUCAUCCCUCCAACACAUCUCACAGAAUAAACACUGGUAUCCAGUGGUAUGAUGGAACAUCCUUUACCAGCCAGGGGGCACUCAAUCUGGACAAAGGAAGCCCGUUGGCAAGCCUGGCUUUUGCAUUUGGAUCCAACAACUACGCCAUGUCUUUGAGUGGUGAGAACAAGCCUGGGUAUCGACGUGUAGCCAGUAACAUCCAGUACCCAAGCAGACGCAUCGUCGUGGAGAUGGGAGCUGGGAUGAAGGCAAACAAGUACAUGGUACUGGGAGAUGUUCAGUGGGAUGCAGACAACCAUGCUGAUAGUAGGGUCAAAGUUGAAGGCACAUACAGGAAUGAAGGUGUGCAGAACUUCGAGACUGGUGUACUUGUUCAAGUACCAGAUCAUCUGUAUUCUGCAUUCAUUCGUCAUUUGAGUACGACCAAAUACAACACUGCUGUAGAAUUUGCAUGGGCCCCAACUAAAAAGAUUGAAGCAGAAUUUGAGUUUGAGGAUAGCCUUCGUAAGUAUCGCAGAGAUAUCAAAGCUAUGGCUGGAUUUUCAACUCCAUUUGAAAAAUUUGAAGAGAUGAAAACGACAUGGACUUACAACACAAACAAGAGACAGGUUUCGUCUUCACUUGCCUUCAAAUAUGCAAGAGGAAAAACACUGUCUCUAUCAGUCACAGCAAAGAAACCAGUCACCAUCAACUCAGUCAACCUAAAACUUAUCCUAGGAACAGCUCACCCAAGAAUUGGAGAGGCUUCUCUGACUGUUUCCCACCUACUCUCCAAGGACAUGACCCAUCACACAGCAGAGAGUACAUUGGAAUGGGGAUCCGGACAACGUGCCUAUAUAGAAACAACAUCUGACUACUCCUUGAGGAGGAAAACACGAUCCUACAGGCGUGACAUCGGGUUUGUUUCCAACAUACCCACAUGGGAGCUAGUCAAGCUCAACAUCACCCAUUUGGAUGAUUUCAGACAGUUUGACUCAAAGGCUGUCUAUAACAGGAACAAUGAAAUCUAUCACUACCAUACGAUUCAUGAUUUCACAAUUACUGGCGGUCAGAUACAAAACUCUGGCACUUUCAACAUAACAUCGCCUAAGGAUAGUCUGCAUUUGGUUUGGUCUCAUGAAAACACUGAUAGGAAUAUUGACAGUAGUGCAACCGUCUCCUGGAACAAUGGCCAAAGGUUCUCCACAUCUUUGUAUGGAGACAUCCAAUACUCCCCUACAAAGCGGAUCACAGGACGUUUUGAUGCUGAAAUACCUUCAACCCAAAUUAAUCGUAUAAGAGCCAGGUUUGAACAUGCUGAUCGUCCAGGGAAGAUUAAUACAAGUGGUCACAUCCAUGCUGAUGGAGAGAACAUCAUAACUGUGGAAGCCAACUAUGGCAGACAGCUUGGUAGCGUUGAUUAUGACAUGAUGGCGACAAGUGUGUACAUGUCACAUGAUUUUACCACCACUCUGAAUACCAGACAUGCAGUAAUGCCAUACACCGGACAACUGGAAAUUGAAUGGGAGCCGGAACAGAAAAUUAACGUGGAUGGAAACAUGAAUUUGAUUCCUGAUAUGAGGAAAUUUGAUGGCACUAUGACCUUAACCUCUCCCUUCAAAUAUGCUAGACACGUAAUUGUUGAGGCCUCUCACAAAUUGGAAGGAUUAGAAUGGGUAGCAGCCACUGAUGUUGAAUUUGCACCCCAGAGAAAGUUUACAUCAGAGGUGAGGUACCGUGUGGAUGAGCUUAUCAAGUUAGGACGAUUUACUCUGACUACACCUAUUGCUGAGAUUUCAAGAUUAGACACUGGAAUACAGUUUAGUGGACAUCCACAGGACUUUGCUGCAGUCGGUAGUCUUGAAGUCAUACCAUGGGUACCAAGACAUGAACUUUCCACCAACUGGUUGUUGAACGAGUUACAGCUAAAAGGAGACUUUAAUUUUAAAAGUCCUGCCUAUAGCUAUGCAAAUGCUCAAGUUUCCAGUUCUAUGGUAGGUACAUCUAGGACGAGUAAUGUAGCCUUGGAGUAUAUAGACCAGCAAAGCAUGCGACCUCAGAAGAUGACCCUAGUGUCAGACUACACAAUUCAGGAUAACAUCAUUGAUGGAACCAUCAAUUUUGUCUGUCCCUACACCCAACCCAUCAUUGUUCAAUUCACACAGACUGGAGACUUCCACGAUUUCAACCAGAGGUCUACAAUUAGAUACAAUAGAAAUAAAGAGAUUGUUUCUAACUUGGAAUUUGGUGACAAUCCAAACAUUUUUGGAAAGUUGACUUUGAAUACCCCAUACAGAGGAACAGAAAAUGUUGAGGUAGGUUUUGUCCAUGAUGGAACGGAAUGGCAGAAGUUUAAGACCGAGGCUGUGUAUGGUACAAAUGGCAAGAAGAUCGUAAUGGAAGCUGGACUGAAUGUCUUGGAUGCCCUCAAUGGAAAAGUUGCAAUAAGGAGUCCUUUCCCAGCUUUACAGAUAGCACAAAUGUCUUUCAGUCAUGAUUCGGAUCGUACUACACUUACUACCCAUGGAGACAUGAUCUUCAAUGAAUAUGUAGUUGAAGAGGACUUGAGUCUUCGUCAUGAUUCAACUGUUACAAUAGGAUCAUUCAGUGUAAGGUCACCUAUACCUCGUGCAGAAGAACUCCGAUUUACCUUCAGCAAAGAUGGAAUUCCUACCAAAUUCAUGGUUCAUGGAGAAGCAUUUAGAAAUUCAGACAAAGUGGAAGUUGAUAUCAAUUUUGAACACAAUGAUAGAACCACCUCUGGUACCAUUUCAGGCAGAACAAACUUGAAUGAUAUUGAAGAUGUGACCUUGACAUUCAGUAGAGAAGGACAGCUCACUGACUUUACUGCAGAGAAUUCAAUCAGGUACGGAGAACAUAAAGUAGAUUCCUUGGUGGGAUUUUCCCACAAUGACCAUGUGACAACCGGUAGGAUCGUGAGUCGAGGCUUCAUUACUCUGUUUAUUGAAAGCAAUGAUGAGGAUGUCACUGUAUCGUUUUCAAGGAAAGGAUCUUUGUUGAACUUCCAAAAUCAGGGAAUGGUGAUGAUUGGCCAAAGAAAGUAUGAAAGUAGGGUUGAAUUUGCUCACAACCAAGAGGAAACAACAGGUAAAUGGAUUAUCCCCAUCCCUAAAGGAGACAGCAUUGAAAUAGCAACUGUUACCUUCAGUAGGCAGGGUCAACUCAAUGAUAUAGCAGCUCAUGGAAAAGUUGUAUAUGAACAGAAGAAAGUGGAAAUUAGAUCAAGCUUUGCCCUGACUGAUGACGAUAAUAUAAACGGCAGAUUUAACCUAGAGAGUAGUUUCCCUGAUGUGAAACCCCUGAGGUUGAGUUUCUCCAAAGAAGGUUCCCUUCCAUCAAACUUCAGGACACAAGGCCUAUACAUGUAUGACCAGCAAUCAUUUGAGUCUGAAGCUGUGCUAUCUAUGGAUGAUAAUUCUCUGACAAGCAAAUUUCAGAUGACUAGCAAUGCUCCAGGCGUUAAAGAUAUUACAGUCACUUUGACAAAGCAGGGUACACUAGCUGAAGGUGUUCAGUCGGAGUUACUUUUCGUGAUGGGUGAGGAUGGCAGGAUAGGAUCCAAAUUAGAAUAUUCUCAUUCGGAGUCGAGAACCACAGGGAAAUUUGAAUAUGAAGGGUUUAAGUCAAUAGCACUAUCCUUCUCAAGAGCUGGAGUAUUGUUGGAUUUACAUCUACAAGCUAUGGGAAAGUUUGAUCAGCAUAGCCUUCAGUCUGAAUGGCUUUUCCAGCAUGGUGAUACUGAAACAAGAGGAAAAUUAAGCACAAGCAAUACCUUCUUACAGAAAAAGUCAAUGGAAAUUGUUUUCUACAGGACAGGCACUUUGGAAAAUUUAAAAGCAGGUGGAAAAUUUGUAUGUGAUGAUGAUAGCUUUGAUGCAACAAUUGGAUUUUCCCAUGAUGAAACAACCACAAUGGGUUUGUUUAAUACCACAAGUACAUUGGAGCAAGUGAAAGACCUGAGAGUUUCCAUCACUAGAACAGCUAAUCGCAGGGUCGACUCUGUUACAGGAGAAGCUGUGUAUGGAACACUCUCUUAUACUGCAAAUUUGGACAAAAAAACAACUGGAGAUGAUAUUUUAGUGACCGGAACUAUUACCAAUCCUCACACGGAAGACAUCACAUUUACCAUUGAUCAUAAUUCCCGCAGAAAAGGAUUCACUUCAACCCUUACUGGAAACAUGGGAGAUAGCAAUAGUCUCCUGUCUACGGCAGAGUUCACUCACAGGGGCAAUGUUCUGACAUUUGUUGGGAAAAACGUACUCAUAGUCGAUGGCGAAAAUACUUGGACUGAGAAAUAUACACUCAACCAUAAAGGAGAGCCUACAGAUUUCAAAACAAAGGCUGUUUAUGUUUAUAAUAAUAAGGAGUUUGAUGCAACGUUAACCGUGAGGGCUCCUUCUGUAGACAAUGCUGUUUUGGAACUUGUAGCUACCACACCCUUUGAUGAUUACAGGAAUUUAUUAUUAACAUUUGGAAACGUGAAAAAUGGUCCAACCCACAGCAGCUCUCUUGACAUAACCUAUGGCAGUAACACCAUAUCAGCAACUUCUACUGUUGAUAUUGAAUCUCCUCAGAAAACAGUAAAUGUGCAGUUCACUUCUCCAUAUGAAGGUGCAGAAUCUGGCAGCUUAGGGAUCACUCACAGAGGAGAAAGCAUGAGUGACUUUGAGACCAUUGCUAUUCUUACUGCCUCAAGUUUGACUACACCAGCUCGGGGUGAAGUAAUGUUGAACUACAACACAUUAACUGAUAUUGAAGCCUCGACCAAGCUCAUUUAUGAGGACUUGAACAGACAGGCAGACUUUAUGCUUCAGCUCCAGGAUAUGCAGUUUGCUACUCGUGUCAAUCUCCAAUCUCAGGCAAAGUCCAUUAACCUAGAAUCUAGUGGAAACUUACACAUUUCCCCUGUGCAAAAUUCACAAACUGAUCAUGAUAUAGACAUUCAGUUUAAAGCAAAACUGUUAACUCCUUUUGAACACAUCAGAAAUGCAGAUUUGCAGUAUGUCAAGAUUGAUUCAAUGCAGAGUGACCAUAAAUCUGGGAUGGAAAAUAUUCUUGUCAGACACAAUGAUUUGACUUACUAUAGGAAAUUAUCGACAUUUGAAUACCAGAAUGGCCUUAUCAACCAGUCUGUGUCAGAGUUCAGUGAUGCCAUAGCCUGGGGAUAUAGCUACAAAAUACUUUUUGAUCUUCCACUGACAUCUCUCAACUUUGAAUCAACAGCAAGUUCCGAUUUGACAUCUCCAGACAGUAGCUAUCGGAUGGUGGGCAAUGCUGUUGUAGAGAGGAAUGGUGACAUCAUUGAGUCAGUUGAAACAGAUCUUCAGGGUAUUCACUCGUCUCGCACUGUUGCAUUGAGAGGGGGCUGGACCAAGAAGUUCCCUGUAUUGCCAAACCAUAUGGAGGUCAGCUGGGAUGAAAACAAGGGACAAAAAGCUGGAUAUAAUAUUAAGUGGGGAAAAGUAAACCGGCUGGUGAAGUUUAUGUCUCCCGUAAGGUCGAUGGAACUGAGAGGUAGACUUGUUGAGAAACAACCAACAAAGAUCCGUGAGUACGAGUUAUUCUGGGAUGCAGAAAAAGACAGAAACCAACGAGCUAGUGUAAGGAUGGAAACAGCACCUGACCAGCGGAAAACUGUCCGAUUGGGGCUCAACAUUCCUACAAAUAAUGGAAUAAAAGAGUUUUCUGUGGUGAGUGAGUUUGCUCGACAAGACAAUGGUCACUAUAACAGUAGAACAGAGCUGUCUUACUCCACCGACCCUUCCAAGACCAUAGUACUGACCUCUAGGUAUGAUGACCUGUCCCGAGGAGAUACUAAUAACUGCAGCUUGACCAUCGGUCUUAGUCAUGCCCACUCUCACAUGGAUGUUUCAGCUACUAGUCACAUCGGGUCUGGUCCCACAAGGCGGUCAGCUGGUAUAAGUCUGUCAACGUCUACCACACAGAGACAAAUUAGGAACCUGUUCCUGAUGGGGGAGAUUGACACACUGCGCAAACACAUGAGCGUCAUGGCAAUCGGUCCUACCAAGUCUGUUGGAUUGACUGGGGAAGUCAGGGAUUCACCUUACAGACUCGCUCUCCGUAGUACACAUGAUGCAGAAAACUUGAUCGAUGCUGAAGUGUCCUAUGAUGAGCAGAAUAAAGCCCUGAACAUGCAGAUGAAAUAUGAUUCAGAACAUCCAAACAAUGUGCUGCACCUGAUGACCCAGUAUCCAAACAACAUGGACUUCUCUGCAGAGAUGUAUCGUACUGGUGACUUCCCCAGGGUGUCCGAAUCCCUGAUCAAACUACAUCUAAAGAGCUCUCGUCUGCUCCACACGAAAGUCCAGUGGAGACCAGAAAUGGUGUCUGAUCUCAUGGGUUACAUUGCUAACACACUCCAGAAGUAUGGAAAUGAAGUGAACACAGUGCUAGCUGAAAUGUCCCAGCAGAUGGGAGAUGAGCUGGAAGGCCGAUACAACUCUCUUAGCAAUGAGAUCACAGUGGAACUAGAACCUGUUGCUCAACAGUAUGCUGAAGAAAUUGAGGCAAUGAAUGUACAACUGCGCAAGAUAAAACAGAAUAUGAACAAGAUGUACCGAAACAACAACCUGUAUCUGCGUGAUAUGAACGAACAACUAGAAGGCAGUAUUCAUACAUUCCUUGUUAAGUACGGUCAGGCAGUUUCCUCAUUCGGGCAGUCUGUAGGAAACAUGAGACAGAGAAUGUCAGAAAUCACCAACGAAAUCCAGACCUUCCCCUUUGAGGAAAAGUACAAUGAAAAGGUCAAUGAGAUGAUCGCUAGUUUGGAGGAGUACAGAACACAGCUUGAGAACACUCUCAACAGUGAGAAGGAAGUGAUGGUAACCAAGGUAACAGAGGCUCUUGAACAGUUGAGGGAAUUUCUGAUCAGGAUGACCGAUGAAUUCAGUCUAGCAGUCUCACAAACAUUGGAUGAAAUAGUUCAACACCCUGAUGUACAGAAUACUAAGCGUCAUUUGGAACAAAUGUUGACAUACAUUCCUGAUUCCCCCGACCUGCCAGAAAUUGACUAUCAGGCAUAUCUAAACAAGGUCCAUAAGACAAUCAAGUCAAAUCUCCGCAGCAUCAAAUUAGCAGAGCAUUAUGCUGAUCUUGUACAGGGAACUCAGAGUGCUGUCAGUGACCAGAUCACUGAACUCCUACAGGACGAGGAUUUAGCAAAUGCCAAACACCUGAUAGAAGAACUGUAUGCCCAGCUUGCAUCCAUUGCCGAAAAUUGGCAACUGACAUUCAACAUUCGUGAAAUUGCCACUGACAUUUAUGAAUCAAGCAGAGAAUUCAUCACUGAAGAUAUUGGAAAACUGAAGCUUCUCAACUGGCAUAGGAACCGCUUUGUUGUCUUCGAUCCUGAGAAUGGAAAUAUAGAGUUUGAAGUGUACUUACCAUCACCAACUGCUGCACUAGACAGAAUUCCAAAAUUCAGCAUCAAGAAAUAUGUUGCCCGUUUUAAUAGAGCUUGGGAGAAAUAUGCAGUCCAGCUGCGUGACUUGUCGUUCUGGGAUGUCUACUACAAAUACAUGCCAUCCUGUAAUCCCAGAGAUUGGAUACCACCAUUCAAAGCAUACGCCAUUAUUGCUGGAAACCGUCAUUACAUAACCUUCGACAACAAGAAAUUUGACUUUGCGGGAAUGUGCAGCUAUAUUCUCGCACAUGAUUACCAUGACAAAAACUUCACAGUGGUUGUGAAUUUCAACCGUAACAGACAAUCACCUGCCAUUCGUUCAAUGUUGGUGAUGACUGGAGGAAAGAAUAUAGAAAUAUUCAGUUCUGGGAUCCAUGUUGAUGGCCGACCUUCUGAACUGCCAUUCCUCCAUGAUGAGUUGUCCGUGGAACGCGAUGGAAAUCAUGUAAAACUGAAUACUGGCAGAGGCCUAGAAGUCAUCGGUGACGUGGAACAUGAGCACUUUGUUGUGGGUAUAAGUGGAUGGUACUUCGGUAAGGUAGCAGGCCUGCUUGGUACCUACGACAAUGAACACUUCGAUGACAUGAUGACGAGUGACGGUACAAUUACUGAUGACGUUGACGAACUCAGCCAGUCCUGGCAAGUAAAUAAACGGUGCAGAGUGCCAGGUAACAUCAUUGACCAGGAAACAUUUGAUGAGCAGUCUACAGGAUAUGCUAAAUGUGCUGCUCUCUUCAAAGAAUCCAGUUCUCCUCUGAGACCAUGCUUUAAACAGGUUGACACAGAGUAUUAUAUGCAUAUGUGCAUGUCUGGUGUCCAGAGAGGCGAGCUUGUGUGUGAUGUAGCAUCUGUGUAUGUGAAGGCUUGUCAAACACGUGGCGUUAGAAUGUGGCUACCACAACAGUGCAUCCAGUGCGAGACCCCCAACUCAGAUAGAUACAACGCAGGGGAGACCAUCAAGAUGAACCCAGCCAGUGAUGACUACCAGGUUCCUCAGUCAGGUGAUGUUGUGUUUGUUGUGGAAAGUCGACAGUGUAACAGUGAAGCCACAAGAAACCUUGGCAAGCUUGUGUACAAGAUUGAUCAGGGCCUCACCCAAUCAGGAAUGUCUGGAAAUAGGUAUGGUUUGAUCAGUUAUGGUCAGAGAGGAGCCAGCAGCCACACAAUUGAGGGUGCAUUCUUCAAUGAUGCGACCAAAUUCACCAAAGGGGUUGAAACUUUAACACACAACGAUGAAUCUUCAAAUUCCCAUGAUGCCAUCCUGAGUGCCACCAACUACCCAUUCAGAACAGGUGUGUCCAAGACUAUUAUCCUGGUACAGUGUGACGAAUGUCCAGAGGUCAGUGCCUCUGUACAUGAUCAUCUGCAGCAUGUCCUCCGUACAAGAGACAUCACUCUACACAUCCUUCGUGACCAAGAAUUUAGAUUGGACAACAACCGUAUUCCUAAACACAAGAUCCUUGGAGUGGACAGCUCAAUGAAGUAUAUGCUGGACCAGAGUCAUGCUGAUCUCUAUGACGACAUGUCCCUUCCCUCUGACAGCUGCUCUGCUCUAUCCCUCCAUUCUAAUGGUACCAUCUUUGAUUCCACUGGAUUUACCAGCCGCCGACUGAAGGACAGGAGGAUAUUUUCACAGAUUAUUGUAGACCGUGUUGCUGCCACGGCUGUUCCUCACGAGUGUCAAGUUUGCCAAUGUGUAUCUGACCACACUGGGGCAGCCAUGUCCAUCUGUAGGAAGUGUGCCAACAGUUUCUUUGAUUAUCUGCCUCAAAUGUGGAGCAACCUUAAACACCCUCAAACUCUCAGGGACGAGUUCGAAGAACAAUUAAAGGACUACCUAGGAGAUGGGAUGGACGUGUUCUCCAGAUAAGAGUCCUUUCAUCUCAACAUGUCUUUCACUUCUCAUCAUCAAUGAUUCCAUUGAGUAUCAAUGCAUCGUCGAAUUAACACUUUACCAUGCAAAUAUUCUUCUUUUUUAAAUAGUUUUAAUUUUUUGUAUCAUUAUCAAAAGUGAUUUCCUGUGUUCGUACUUUUCAUGUUGAGCAUUAUCAAGAUGUUAUGUAACAAAGUUGCCUGUAUUAUUAGGUUAAUGUCGGUGUUUACCAGAAAAUACCAUCUAUCCUGACAUUAUAGCUUUAUAUUAGAAUAAGGAUAAUUCUAAAUGCAGAAUAACUGGAAAAAUUUUCUUAGAGACUUUGUGAAUUGAAUUGUGCAUGUCUUUUUCCUAUCAAUUUCGAGUCCUUCUCUGUCAUUUUUCACCAGAGAAGGACAGAUGGUGAAGGACACAAUGUACGAAGGCCUCAUCUUGUUGGACAAUAUUAUCUUAAUAAAAAUCAUUAUGUUUUCUAUCAAUAUAACUUUUCCAAUUUUCCAAUCAGUCAUGAGAACCAUCACUUGUUAUCAAACAUUGUAAUGUUUGUUUUAUAAUUAUCAUAAAAGAAUAUGAAAAUAAAAAAUAUUGUAAUAUC